CGCAAGCCUCGCAUUUUGCGGUGCCUUUCCUUUAUUAUUUCAAUCAACAUCGGAGAAACGAAGGAAGAGGUCGAGCGAAGAGUGCUUAGUUUUCGGCUACUUUUGCCCUUGAAACAGACAGUCAGGGACUCAUUGUGGGAAGCAUUCUGGCGUGUAAAGUCCCCAGGCACGAUUCUGCAAAAACUCGUGCCGCUCAAGCGUGCCCCUGCCGAGAAUCGGGCCGAAAAAGACAACACAUUGAUUUUCCCAGUUCGCCCGAAUCGCUGCUCUUGGCGCGCAAUUUAAAAUUUCCUCUCUAGAAAUCAAGAGAUUCUUCGUAAGGAGAUGUCAAUCCUUAGGCGGCAUCCUGGCACUAUGGCCUGCUCAUAAAAGGCCUCAUUUGAUAUUGCAGAGGAAGAAAACUCUGAAAGGCAGGCGAAAUGACGAUUAUUGUGUUUUUGGUUGACACUUCUGCCUCAAUGAACCAGCGUGCCUACCUGGGAGGCCGGCCAACUAUGAUUGAUGUGGCCAAAGGAGCCGUUGAGUCAUUUGUGAAAUUGAGGUCAAGGUCAAUAGAGAGUCGGUACGACAGGUACAUGCUGCUGACAUUUGAAGAGCCACCCAACAACAUCAAGGCGGGAUGGAAAGAGAGUCUGCAGACCUUCAUGACGGAGCUCAAGAAUCUUCAGUCAACCAGUUUGACAACAAUGGGAACUGCCUUGAAGCAGACCUUCGACGUUCUCAACAUCAACAGGAUGCAGUCGGGCAUUGAUACCUAUGGCCAGGGUAGAUGCCCCUAUUAUUUGGAGCCAUCGGUCAUCAUCGUGAUCACCGACGGUGGAAAACUUUCCACAAUGCAGAGCGUUCAGGAAGAUUUUAAUUUGCCAAUGAACAAUCCCAUUCCUGGAUCUGAACUGACAAGAGAACCCUUCCGAUGGGACCAGCGCCUAUUCGCCCUUGUUCUUAGAAUGACGGGCACCCCGCCAAUAGAUAGAGACUCUGGUUUGGUUCCCAGCGAUUCCUCACCUAUUGAUGCCAUGUGUGAGGUUACAGGAGGCCGCUCUUACAGUAUCACCUCGCACAGAAUGUUGCACCAGUGCAUUGACAGUUUAGUGCAAAAAGUGCAGAGUGGAGUUGUGAUCCACUUUGAGAAGAUCGGACCAGAUCCACCACCCAUGGGCAACGUUAGUGACAUCGAGGCGCUGAUGCUCGACAAUGGAGAGAGCCCAGAUGACUCACUUGACCUGUUGCCAACACGCAUUCCGUCUCGGCCCCAAACUCCCACCACAGGCCUUUCCAACAACCAAAUGGGCACAGCAUGGCACAACUGCCGAAAACUCAUUUACGUGCCACGCUCGGCCCAAAAGGGCUUCCCAGUUGGCCACUGGCCCAUCCCUGAGAACUUUUGGCCAGAACUGAGCGCCUCUGUUCUGCCUCCUAGAACGGCGCAUCCAAAUGUCAAAUUCACCUGCACAGCUCAAGAGCCGCUUGUUAUAGAAAACGUUCCGUUUGACAAGUACGAGCUUGAGCCAAGUCCCCUGACUCAAUACAUCCUCUCUAGAAAACAACCGACAAUUUGUUGGCAGGUGUUUGUGGCAAACAGCUACAAAAAUACUGAGGUGGGCCAUCCUUUCGGGUACCUGAAGGCAAGCACCAACUUGGCUUGCGUCAAUUUGUUUGUGAUGCCGUACAACUACCCUCAGUUACUUCCACUCCUGGAUGAACUUUUCAAGGUGCACCGCAUGAAGCCCUCACCAGAGUGGCGAAUGCAGUUCAACAAUUACCUUCGCACAAUGCCUGCCUACUAUGUCAAUCCUUUGAGGAGAGCGCUCCAGAGGGUGGCAGGUCAGCAACUGACAUCGAUUUUGAUGCCAGAAAACAUGGAGAAUGGGCUGAGCUACCCAGUGAUGAAUUAUUUGAAGCGACUCAAGAAUCAAGCCAAGCUGGAGUAUGAAAAGUUGUGUGCUGAUGUGGGCAAGACGAAACUUCCUGGUGCGGCCCUCGUCUUGCCUGAGGGCAUCAGGGUGCAGUCGAGAGCUGCGAUCAAGAAGGAGCUUGUCUCACACCCCUUACUACAAGACAAAUUUUCUCACUUGAGAGAGCAAAUCGCUGAAUUUCCUGGUUUUGUUAUUGGCUCGAGUGCUGUUCGAGUGUCCCGCAGCCAAAGCUACCGCAAUCCCUUUGAUGUGCCACGCCGAAGUUUACUCGACCAGCUUGUGCGGAUGCGCUCCAACUUCUCUAAGCCGCCAAACAGUGGACACUCACUUCUCCACGAUGAUGAUGAAGCGCACAGUAUGCCAGUAAGCCAGAUGGGCAACUAUCAGGAGUAUUUGAAGCGAAUCCCAGCGCAGCUUAGGGAGAUUGAAUCAGCGCCUGUUCGGCAGCACAUGUUUGGAAACCCAUUCAAGAUUGAUAAGCGAAUGAUGGUUGAUGAAGCAGACAUGGACCUGCCAGGUGCUGGUGGCGGUGGUGGUGGUGCUCGGAAACGAGCAGCCUCAGAAUCGUCACCAGCCGCUUCACCACGCGCCAAAGGCCGAAAACCUGGCCCCAUUCCACGCGACGUGCUUGUCAGACGUCCCAGCACUCCGACCCCAUCACCCCCUGCAUCACCCACCUUGGCUCCCUCUAUUCCAUUUGACUUUACUCCCUCCUUGGUAGCAGCUCCGGUGUCACCUGUGUCACCGGUUAUUCCAGUGGUAACUCCUGUGCCUGCUACCCUGCCCAUCAGUCCUGUGGCUGAACCUGAAGUGGUGCCCAUCGAAGUCCUACCGUCCAAACCAACACCUCUGGUGAAUGGAAAUACAGAGCAUGUUGAUCGACAUGUUCGUUCUCCAUCACCUGAGAUCAUCUGUAUUCCUGAACCUGUAGCGGCCGCGGCCGCCAUUGUGCCCCCAACUGAUGUGAUGUCAAACCAUGUUCCCGUUGCCGCUGCCGUACCCAAUCACAUCAAUGACAGCCCAACUCGGCCAGAAACCAAAGUGUCCCCCGUGCCAAUCGUUCCAACUGCGGCCGAGACUGCUGCCAUUAAACGGCACAACAUUCAGCUUCGAAGUUUGGCGUACAAAGAAGUUAGGCGGCCAGGGAAAGAUUUCAAUGCCUUGAUGAACCAUAUGAAGUCAGCAAAGGGUGACCUUGACGCCCAGAGAGAACUGAUCAAGGAUGUGAUCAACGAGUCCCUGAGGUUCAAGAGAAAACGAAUGGCUGCUGAGUUGGAGUCGUUUCUGUCCAAACUGUCAGACGUGGCCACCCCACCACUCAACGGACAGGCGGCCAGCUAAUGACUUGUGUUCAAAACUUGUUAAGCAUUUAGUGACCAGGACAGAAAUGCGGUCUGGAAUCAAAAACUGUGCAAGUGUUUUAAUGAACAACCAAACUCAGCAGUGUCGGGGAAAUAUGAAGAAAUAGAGCAGGUUGUUUGUUAUGCGGAGAAAAGUUUCUCCCCAGCUGCCUUGUUAACUUUUAUAUUCCUCUGGAGUAAUUUUUUGUAAUAAACGUGGUGACAACUAAUCUCAGAAUUGAA